UGAACAUUAAGCGGAGCAGACCAAAAUCCCAAACAAGGAAAUGGUGGGGGAAUAAAACGACCAUAUUAUUUAAUUAAUGCAUGUUAAAAUUAAUAUUUUAUGUGAUUGUAAAUUAAGAAAUAUUUAUGGGUUCAAAUGGAUUACGACUUCAAAACAAAGCUCGCAGCCGAACGAGAGAAGGUAGAAGAUUUGUUCGAAUAUGAAGGUUGCAAAGUGGGUCGAGGCACCUACGGGCACGUUUAUAAAGCUAAGCGCAAAGACGGGGAAGUUGAGAAGGAAUAUGCACUGAAACAAAUUGAAGGCACUGGAAUAUCGAUGUCUGCUUGCAGGGAAAUCGCUCUGUUACGAGAACUGAAACACCCCAACGUGAUCACCCUGCAGAAAGUGUUCCUGUCUCACAGUGACAGAAAGGUGUGGCUCCUCUUUGACUAUGCUGAGCACGACCUCUGGCACAUCAUCAAGUUCCACCGUGCCUCUAAGGCCAAUAAAAAGGCCAUACAGCUGCCGAGAGGCAUGGUCAAGUCUCUCCUGUAUCAGAUUCUGGACGGGAUCCAUUACCUCCAUGCCAAUUGGGUGCUUCACAGGGAUCUGAAACCAGCCAACAUUCUGGUUAUGGGGGAGGGCUCAGAACGAGGGCGAGUGAAAAUCGCUGACAUGGGCUUCGCCAGACUCUUCAACUCUCCUCUCAAACCCCUGGCAGACCUUGACCCCGUUGUGGUGACAUUUUGGUACAGGGCCCCUGAGCUUCUGCUAGGGGCCAGACAUUAUACCAAAGCAAUCGACAUUUGGGCGAUUGGCUGCAUCUUUGCGGAGCUGCUGACAUCGGAGCCCAUAUUCCACUGUCGCCAGGAGGACAUUAAGACCAGCAACCCCUUCCACCACGACCAGCUGGACAGGAUAUUCAGUGUCAUGGGCUUCCCAGCAGAUAAAGAUUGGGAAGACAUCAGGAAGAUGCCAGAGUUCCCCACCCUUCAGAAAGACUUCAGGAGAACGACGUAUGCAAAUAGCAGUCUAAUCAAAUACAUGGAGAAGCAUAAAGUCAAACCUGACAGCAAGGUUUUCCUGUUGCUCCAGAAACUCCUUACAAUGGACCCCACUAAAAGGAUUACGUCUGAACAGGCACUACAGGACCCAUAUUUCCUGGAGGAUCCCUUACCAACCUCAGAUGUAUUUGCCGGAUGUCAGAUACCUUACCCAAAACGAGAGUUUCUAAACGAAGAUGAGCCAGAUGAGAAAACAGAGAAGAACCAGGUCCAACAGCACCAGCAGAUGACAGCCCAGGCCCAGCAGCAGAGUGGCAUCCAGCAGGCUUCUAACCAGCAGAGCUCCACCCAGACCAACGGCAAUGCAGGGGUCACUGGAGCCAACUCCGGUGGAGGCCUACAGCACGGCCAGGACCAGGGGCCCCCCAACAAGAAAUCUCGCACCGGGCCCUCAGGAGCCUCCUCAGGCACUGGGAUCCACCAGCACUCCAGCUCCCGCCUUGGUUACCAAAGCAACGUCCAAGGUUCCACUCAGUCCCAGGGAUACUCGUCGUCAUCCCAGCAGAGCUCACAGUACUCACACCAGCCACACCGCUACUGAGGCUCUUAGAACAGGCCAGGGGCCUCUCCCAAACCAACCCUCGACCAAAAACAAACCUUAGCAUAACCUCUCACCUCCCUCUGGCCAAGGUAUUACUGACUCCUCAUCCUGAUCAGAUCUCAUUAUGUGUCAGAUAAUUCCAACAGCACAACAGUCACUCAUUAUCCACCUUCAUGUCAGCCCUACUACACUGACUGACCCUGGCCUCACUUCCAGCCAAUGUCCUCACACUUACCCACCCGAGGGCACUGCAAUAUGAAGGCCAACUCAACAUAGGAACCAAAAACAAACCCUGCCUCCUUGAGGGGUAGGACAAGAUGUUCUAUUAUCAUCAAGUGGCAAAGUCGAUUGAUACUAGAUAAGAAGGAAACACGUCAGGUGCAACUGAUUACACAACACAAAGACUAUGAACCACUAUGACACUUACAAAAACAUGUUCUUCAAGAGGAAGAAUUGCAGCUCUGUUCAUAUAUAAAUAUAUACUAUAUAGUACCUUUUUUUAUUUGUUUAACAAGAGACUUGUUUUUGCUUGUUUGCUAUGUAGAGUUUGUUUACUUUGAUUGUGGAUGUUUUUGUAAAUAUUGUUCGAUAUAGAAGAAGAUGGGAUGAAACAGGAAAAUAGCCCUUUACUGUCAUCACUUUCCUUCACUGUACAGUUGUUUACCCUGGAUUUCUCUUACCAGAUAACAAUUGAAUCAAAAGGACGAAAAUGAGCCAAUCCUUUCCUGAUGACAAAAGAU